GUUGAAAGUACGGACUAACCAAUCGAUGAGAAGAACUUCGCCUCUAAGUAGACGGCAGUGAUCAUCCUAUUAUAGUAUAGAUUCUUAGACAUCUCUCUUUUCUCUGUGCAAAGCUCUCAUCUUUUGCAAAAUCUGAGAAGUGGGUUUCUGUGAAACGGUUCAUAAUCAUAGGCUCUGUGUUGAAGAAGGCAGAGAAGGAAAGCAAGAGUCUUUGGUGGAGAUCAUGGAGGUUUCAGGCAAGAAAAAGAUCAAGCCUGACCCCUUCACUGAUACUGUGUUUUCUUGGUCCCUGGAGGACAUUUUCAAUGAGGAUCUUUACAAAGACAAGGUGAAAAAGAUUCCUGAAUCAUUUCAAUCGGCUCAGCAUUACUUUGGGUCUUAUAUAUAUCCUUUACUAGAAGAAACCCGAGCAGAAUUGCAUUCAAGUAUGGAAACUCUUAAUAGAGCACCGUUUGCUGAAGUAGUGGGUUUUGAAGAAGCCAAGCCAUAUGGAACAAAGCAAUAUGAUGUCAAGGUUGAUUGCUGGCGAAACAGGUUCAUUGAUAGUGGCAAGGAGCCAUAUAAAACUUUGCCCGGUGAUCUUUUUGUUUUAGCUGAUGCUAAACCUGAAACUGUUUCUGACUUACAAAGAGUAGGGAGGUCAUGGGCUUUUGCUUCGGCCACUUAUGUCCCAGGAUGUGAGAAUGAAGAUGACAGUACCUCUCUUUAUUUCAAAGUCAAGGCAUCAAAAGAGAUUGAAGUCGAAAAUAGCAGGACAUCACUUUUUAUAGUUUUCUUGGUGAGUUUGGUCCGUGAUGGAAGAAUUUGGAAAGCGUUGCACAUGUCCAGAAAUCUGAAGAUUAUCAACGAAGUUCUAUGCACUGAUUCUAUGGUUCAGAAAGAUUUCUGCUCUGAAAGGAAAAAUGACAUCUGGAAUCAGAGUAUAGUUGAGAGUUUAUCAUCUGGAUUGAAUGAAUCCCAAACUGGGGCAGUGUUGGCCUGCCAUGAAAUGCUGCAUUCUGGUGAAAAGUCUGCUGUGGAACUUAUCUGGGGUCCUCCUGGUACUGGAAAAACAAAAACCACAGUCACUCUGCUUUCAACCCUGCUACAGAUGAAUUGUAGGACUCUUAUUUGUGCUCCAACAAAUGUUGCAAUAACUGGAGUUGCUUCUCGUCUUGUGAAGAUGGUGAGUAAAGCAGAGCCAAAUGAUUUGUUUUGUUCUUUAGGAGAAAUUCUUCUGUUUGGUAAUAAGGAGCGACUCAAAAUUGGUGCAGACAUUGAAGAAAUUUAUAUGGAUUGCCGUGUCAAAAGGCUUGUAGAUUGUUUCGGGCCAAGGACUGGUUGGAGGCCUUGCUUUUCUUCCAUGAUCGGUUUACUUGAGGAUUGCGUUUCUGAUUACCAUAUUUUCUUGGGAAAUGAGUUCACGAAAGAGACAGAACUAAAGAAUGUCAGUGAAACAAAAUAUAAAGAAUGCAGAAGAGGUGCUCAAGUUAUAAAGGAGAAACGCAAAACAUUUGUUCAAUUUUUGAGAGAGAGAUUUUUGUCUACUGCAACGCCAUUAAGAUAUUGCAUUUCUGUGCUCUGUACUCAUAUAGGGAAAAAUUAUAUUUCUGUAGACAAUUUCCAAGACUUGAUUUCGCUUAUCCGGUUAGUUGAUUCCUUUGAGUUACUGUUGUCUCAAGAUAAUGUUGAUUCUGAAGCUUUGGAAGAACUCUUUUCUCAUUCGGAUGUUGAAGAUGUGUCCGAGUCGUUUGUAGGUUACUCCUUUGAUCUUUGUAUGAUAAGAAGGGAUUGCCUUUCAGCUUUACGCACUCUACGGGAUUCUCUUAGUCAACUUAAACUUCCAAAUAUUAAGAAUGAGGAAUCUAUACGGAAGUUCUGUUUUCAAAGAGCAUCUCUAAUAUUUUGCACUGCAUCUACUUCGUAUAAGCUGCAUAGAGUGGCAAUGGAACCACUAAGCAUUGUUGUUAUUGACGAGGCUGCACAGCUAAAAGAGUGUGAGUCAACAAUACCCCUGCAACUUCCAGGUGUGAAGCAUGCUGUUCUUGUUGGUGAUGAAUGUCAGUUACCAGCUACGGUAAAAAGCAAAGUUUCUGAUGAAGCUGGUUUUGCAGGAAGCUUGUUUGAGAGGUUGAGCUUAAUGGGUCAUUCUAAACAUAUUUUAAAUAUGCAAUACAGAAUGCAUCCAUCAAUAAGUUUAUUCCCAAAUUCAAAUUUCUAUGAUGACUUGAUCCGGGAUGCUCCAAAUGUAAAACGAAGAAGCUACAAGAAGCACUAUCUUCCAGGAGCAAUGUUUGGUCCUUAUUCUUUUAUAAAUGUGAUUGGUGGAAGAGAAGAGAAAGAGGUGGAUGGACCAAGUCGGAAAAAUAUGGUGGAGGUUGCUAUUGUUUCAAAAAUACUGCGGAAUCUGUACAAAGAAUGGGUCAAAUCAAAACAGAGACUCAGUAUUGGUAUAGUGUCUCCCUAUGCUGCUCAAGUAGUCGCAAUUAAGGACAGAGUGGGUAAGAAAUAUGAUAAGCUUGAUGGCUUUGAAGUGAAGGUAAAAACAGUUGAUGGGUUUCAAGGUGGGGAAGAGGACAUAAUUAUAAUAUCCACUGUACGAUCCAACAGCCAUCAAUCACUUGAAUUCAUUUCAAAAUCGCAAAGAGUUAAUGUCUCUCUUACAAGGGCUAGGCACUGUUUGUGGAUUUUGGGGAAUGAAAGAACUCUUUCCGACAGUGAAUCUGUUUGGAAUGCCUUGGUCCUUGAUGCCAAAAGUCGUCGAUGCUUCUUUAAUGCCGACGAAGACAAGGAUUUAGCCAAGGCCAUAUUAGAGGUAAAGAAAGAGUUUGACCAAUUUGAUGAUUUGCUCAAUGCCAACAGCAUACUUUUUAGAAGUGCUAGAUGGAAGGUACUUUUCAGUGAUAACUUUCUGAAGUCAUUCAAGAAUCUGACAUCAGUCCGUUUGAAGAAGUCGGUGCUGAAUCUUCUACUGAAGCUUUCCAGUGGCUGGAGACCUAAGAAGCGAAAUGUUGAGACAAUUUCUGGUAGCUCUUCCAUGAUCUUAAAGAAAUUUAAGGUUGAAGGUCUGUACAUUGUUUGCACUAAUGACAUUUCAAAGAACCUGCAAUACGUUCAAGUAUUAAAGAUCUGGGACAUAUUGCCUGUAGAGGAUAUCCCAAAGUUGAUAUACCGCCUGGAUAGUAUUUUCAACAGAUGUACUGAUAACUUUAUCAAUCUUUGCAAGGAGACGUGUCUUGAUGGUGAUCUAGAGGUUCCAAAAAGCUGGUCACCGUCUUUGGAGUUUUCCCGGUUUAAGGAUCUGAGCAUCAGUGAAGCUCAGAGUGAUUUAGUUGGUGACACUUCUGAUUGUAGAAGCUAUGUUGAGAAUUCACAGGUUAGCGAGAGUUUGUUGCUGUUGAAAUUUUAUUCCUUAUCAUCUGGGGUAGUAAACCACUUGCUGUCAGACCGUGAGGGUAGAGAACUGGAGCUUCCAUUUGAAGUUACAGACGAAGAGAUGGAGAUUAUCCUUUAUCGUGGAAGUUCCUUUAUAGUGGGACGGUCAGGAACUGGGAAAACCACAGUUUUAACCAUGAAAUUGUUUCAAAAAGAACAGUGGCACCAAUUUGCAGUUCAAGGAUGCUAUAGUAGUCAAAAUACUAGCAAGGUUGAGCAGAGUUCUGCAGCUACUGAAGGGAAAGUUCUGCGCCAGCUUUUUGUGACAUUGAGUCCUAAGCUAUGUUUUGCCAUCAAGCGACAUGUUUCACACUUGAAAAGUUUUGCAUGUGGCGGAGGUAACUCAACUGAAAGAGGUUUAAUUGAUAUGGCUGAUUUUGAUGAGGAGGAAACCCAAUUCAAGGAUAUCCAAGAUUCAUUUCAUGAUAUUCCUCCGAGUUCUUACCCACUUGUCAUUACAUUCCAUAAGUUUUUGAUGAUGCUCGAUGGGACACUGAGUAACUCAUACUUUGAAAGAUUCCUUGAUGUGACAGCUACUGUUGGCCAUUUUAGGAGUCCGAGAUCAGUCGCAUUUCAGAGCUUGAUAAGGACGAAAGAAGUUAAUUAUGAGAGGUUUAGCUCUUUGUAUUGGCCCCGUUUUAAUACUCAGAUAACAAAGAAGCUUGACAUUUCAAGAGUCUUUAUAGAGAUUAUUUCUUCCAUAAAAGGUGGCUUAGGAGCUAUAGAUGCAUGUGAUGGUAAACUCAGCCGGGAGGAUUAUGUUCAACUGUGCGAGGGCCGGGGUUCUAAUUUGAGCAAGCAAAAGAGAGAAGCAAUAUACGAUGUUUUUCAGGCUUAUGAAAAGUUGAAGAUGGAAAAUAGUGAAUUUGAUCUGGCUGAUUUUGUAAUUGAUCUUCACCGUCGGCUCAAGCAUGAAAAAUAUGAGGGUGAUCUGAUGGAAUUUGUUUAUAUUGAUGAGGUUCAAGAUCUCACAAUGAGUCAAAUUGCUUUGUUUAAACACAUGUGCAACAAUGUUGAAGAGGGAUUUGUCUUUUCUGGUGAUACAGCACAAACAAUAGCAAGGGGUAUUGACUUCAGGUUUCAGGAUAUACGACAUCUGUUCUACAAGAAGUUCGUAUUGGAGUCAAGAAGCAAUAACAAUGAUGAAAGAAAAGAAAAAGGCCUCAUUUCUGAAUUACUUCAGUUGACUCAAAACUUCCGUACUCAUGCUGGUAUAUUGAAGUUAUCACAAAGCAUUGUUGAACUACUGUAUCGGUUUUUCCCCUUUUCUGUUGAUGUUUUAAAACCUGAAACCAGUCUGAUUUAUGGGGAAGCUCCAGUUUUGCUUGAAUCUGGGGAAAACGAAAAUGCAAUCGUGAAAAUUUUUGGUAACAGUGGAAAUAUAGUUGGCUUUGGUGCAGAGCAGGUGAUUUUGGUGCGAGAUGAUGGUGCUCGACGAGAAAUAUCCAAAUUUGUAGGGAAGCAUGCUCUUGUCCUAACCAUAAUGGAGUGUAAGGGCCUUGAAUUUCAGGAUGUCCUCUUAUACAACUUUUUUGGCACAUCACCUUUGAAAAAUCAAUGGAGGGUUAUAUAUGAUUACAUGAAGGAACAAGAUUUACUCAACUCCACAUCACCUACGCGCUUUCCAAGUUUCAGAGAAUCAAAACACAACAUAUUGUGCUCUGAACUGAAGCAAUUAUAUGUGGCUGUUACUCGAACAAGACAGAGAUUGUGGAUUUGUGAAAAUGUGGAAGACCUCUCGAAACCUUUGUUUGACUAUUGGAAGAAAAAAUGUCUUGUGCAACAAAGGCAGCUAGAUGAUUCACUUACCCAGGCAAUGCAAGUGGCAAGCAGUCCAGAGGAGUGGAAAUCCCGAGGCAUUAAGCUAUAUCAUGAACAUAACUAUGAAAUGGCCACAAUGUGCUUUGAAAGAGCUGGUGACACUUACUGGGAAAGGAGGUCUAAAGCUUCCAGCCUUAAAGCUAUUGCUGAACGUAUGCGAACAUCAAAUCCCAAAGAGGCUAAAUCGAUCCUUAGAAAAGCUGCAGAAAUAUUUGGUGCUAUUGGCAAGGCAGAUUCUGCUGCGAGAUGUUUUUCUGAUUUGGGGGAGUAUGAAAGAGCAGCUAGGAUAUAUUUGGAAAAAUGUGGAGACUCUGAACUUCAAAGAGCGGCAGAAUGUUUUUCACUAGCGGGAUGCUAUAAGGAUGCUGCAGAUGUCUAUGCCAAGGGAAAUUUUUUCUCAGAGUGUCUCACUGUUUGUGCAAAUGGGAAACUAUUUGAAAUGGGUUUGCAGUAUAUUAAUUAUUGGAAACAGCAUGCUGUUGAGGACCGUGCUAAGGCUAGUAGAGGGGAAGGAAUAGAUAAAAAGGAGCAGGAAUUUUUAGAGGGCUGCGCACUUCACUAUCAUAAGUUGAAAGAUAACAGAUUAAUGAUGAAAUUUGUGAAAGCUUUCAAUUCUAUAAUAUUGAUGCGGGACUUUUUGAAGAGUAUAGGGAGCCUUGAUGAGCUUUUGUCAUUGGAGGAAGAAUUUGGAAAUUAUCUGGAAGCCGCAAACAUCGCCCAGCUUAAAGGUGAAAUCCUACUUGAAUCUGAUUUCCUUGGAAAGGCAGGUAAGUUCAAAGAGGCCUCACUGCAUAUUCUGUUUUAUGUAAUUUCCAAGUCUCUUUGGUCAUCUGGUGGCAAGGGCUGGCCCAUGGAAAAGUUUCCACAACAGGGGGAGCUUCUGACAAAGGCCAAGUCAUUUGCCAAGAAUGGGAAAGAUAAUGUUUAUCAGCUGGUUUGCGCUGAGUCGGAGAUUUUAUUGAAUGGGCAGGAUAACUUGGCUGUUUUGAAACAUCAAAUGGAUGCUUGUGAAAGACAUCAGAGCAUUAGAGGUGAAGCGUUAUCAGCUCGAAAAAUUUUGGACGCCCAUUUUUCUUCAAGAACUGAUGAGUAUUUAUGGGAGAAAGAAUUGAUUGGAGAUCUUGUAAAGCAUUCAAAAGAUAAAAUAUCUAGAAAUCAGGCGUCCAUUGAUUCGCUUGUCUACUACUGGAAUUUCUGGAAGGAGAAGAUCCUUCACAUCAUUGAAUCUGUAGGAUGUGUGGAAACUCCAGGGUACAAUAGUUAUGUAGAACUCUGUUUUACUUGUUUAGGAGUUUGGAGGUUGUAUCAUAAUCUGAAUCCAAUCUAUGUUUUACUGGUCCCUGAUGCUGAUUGGGUUAGACAUCUGGACACAAGGCAUUUGAAAAGUUAUGGGAAGUUGGUCUCCAUUGAUGUUCAUCAGCUCAUUUCAGCCGCUCAGUAUUAUUGGAGUUCAGAACUGCUCUCCGUUGGCAUCAAAGUUUUGGAAAAGCUUGAAGCACUUUUCAAGUUCCCACUAAGGAAUUCUGACUCGACAUUCUUCCAGUGCAGGGCUCUUACCCUUAUCUAUGAUGUUGCAAGAAAUCUUUUGGAUUCCAAAUGUCUGAAACCAAGGUAUCAAGAUUACUUGACACUACAGAAUAUGGUAACAUUUUCGACUGGGGAGUAUGUUGAUUACAUCUUUCCCUUAGAUUGGAGGAAUUCAUUGAGACAGAAUAUGAUUUCUCUUAGAAGAACUGAUGCUUCAAAGAAUGUGCUGAAUCAAGUUAUAGUUGAACAUGCCAGCUUGAAGGACGAGCUGUCUUAUGGGCAGAUUGGAAGGAUCGCAAUGAUCAUUCUCGGGUCAGGUAAGCUGCUGAAUACUGAGCUCUCUGUUCAGCUUGUGAAAAAGCUUGAGAUAAAUAAACCGUGGAAGGCCUUCAUUGAGAAUCUCUGUGCAAGCAUUGGACCUGAACAUACUCGUCAGGAACCAAUAGAGGUGUCUGUCAUGUGGUGGUUACAUGAGGCUUUGGUUGAAACUUAUAGUGCCAACUGGAGGGAGGUUUCCGACUACAUAACACCUGGUUGCUUCUUGUAUCUUGUGGAGCGCCUUCUGUUUUCAGCAAGUUGCUUUCAAGGUUUUGUCAUCACUACAAGUUCUUGCUUUAUUGAAUGGCUGAUAUGCCCGGAUGAAGAUACCAGCUUACGUUCCAUGGUGACUGGUGGACGUCCUUCUCUGGAAGACAUUCUUCCAUUUGUGAUUACUGUGGUUCGCGAGUGUAUUUUUAUCAAGAAGGAUAUGAUUGAAUGGAUUGAGAAGUCCGACAGAAAUUGGAUGCAGUAUUAUCAGCCACUCAUGUUGCGAUUGGUAAUUGUCUUGUGUUUGAUUCAUUUGAACUUUGGCUCGUGUUUGGAUAUGAUCCAUGAUUUGCUGGGAAGAAACUUUAUCACUGAACUCCUACCACGGGAGUUUUAUGAUGCACUUAGGAGGAGGAGGAGGAGGAAGCACAAUUCUCUCAUUUUAAAUGUGAAUGUGCUUGCUGAAGCUGUCCAGAAGAUUGAUAAUACUUUGGUGAUUGCAAGUUUCGGGGCUGAUUGUUCAAGGUUGCACUGUUCGGAUGCCAUCUUUGUCGACAUGACGGCCAACCAUUGCAAGGAUGACAUAUUGAGAAAAUGGUUUCCAAAUGCCACAUAUCAACAAGAUGUUGACACUUCCACCCCAUCUGGAAGCAGGCGAAGAACAAGACAAAGGGCAAGAACAAGAAAAACAAGAAGAAACGAGUGGGAUGUCAUGGUGCAAGGUACAGAGUACAUUGAAUAUUCUGGUGGUCUCGGUGGUGAUCAGUGGCCUACCCAAAUUGCUGAUGCUUCCUGGUUCUGCAGUCCAGCUGUGACACAAGACGGUUGGGAUGCUGCUCCUGCACCACCGGUCGCCGCUCCUAUCCUCGAGGGUGGUUCUCCCGUAGUGGCCAGUGGUUGGGAUUGAGGAUUUGUUUAGUAGUGUCAUCAUGGAAGAAGAUUACUGUCUGAUGCUGAAGUUAUUUAAUAUGUUUCAUUCUAUGAGUCUCAAUUUUACACAAUAGUUUAUACAGUAAUUCCUUUCUUAUGUAUCGGGAUAUUUGUUUUUGUUUUU